CUUGAAAGCGGUGCCACCGCCUUUAUUGCCAACUCCCACUCCGCCCUCGGCGCAGCCUUUUGAAGACAACCCGUCACCUUCCUCGAGCGCACCUACUGCUUCUUGACACAAACGACCAUGUGGAACAACGAUAAUCGCUCCCCCCCUGCCUUCCCGUCGGCGCCUGGCUUCCCCUCUCCGACUGGAGGGUACAACCCGGGAUACCAGCCUGGGUACGCGCCCCCGCCCGGCCCGCCUCCUCCUGGCCAUCAUGGAGGGUACGCCCCUCCUCCAGGUCCCCCUGGCCCGCCUGGCUCCAGAGGCUGGGCGCCUCCUCCUGGUCCUCCCCCUCCCUCGCAGUACGGCGGCGGCUAUGCCCCUCCCCCUGGCCCGCCACCUCCGCCUCGCAGCACCUACCCUGGUCAGCAGUACCACCAGCAGCAAGGCUACCAAGGCGGCGGCGGCUACCAGCCCGCGUAUUCAUCCCCUCCCCCGCCGCCCGCUCAGCAUAACCGCCCCGCAUACGCGCCGCCCGCGGGACCGCCGCCGGGCGCGCACAACCAGGGCAUGCACAUGCCGCCGACGGGGCAGCAGCACUACGGGCCGCAGUUCGAGAACCAGUCGAGCCACCAGGUGCAGCAGCCGUACUUCCAGUACUCGCAGUGCACGGGGAAGAAGAAGGCGCUUUGUAUCGGCAUCAACUACGUCGGGCAGAAGGGCGAGUUGAAGGGGUGCAUCAACGAUGCGCGCAAUAUCCAGCGCUUCUUGUGUGCGAACUACGGCUACAAACAGGACGACAUCGUCAUGCUGACAGACGACGCGUCGAACCCGCGGCAGAUUCCUACUCGGGACAACAUUAUUGCAGCGAUGCAGUGGCUCGUUCGCGGCGCGCAGCCGAACGAUUCAUUGUUCUUCCAUUACUCCGGCCACGGUGGCUCUACCAAGGACCUGGAUGGUGACGAGGCAGACGGGUAUGAUGAAGUCAUCUACCCCAUCGACUAUGAGAACGCUGGGCAUCUCGUGGACGAUCUCAUGCACGAUAUCAUGGUCAAGCCUUUGCCUGCCGGAUGCCGUUUGACUGCCAUUUUCGACUCCUGCCACUCGGGCUCUGCCCUUGACCUUCCGUACAUCUACUCAACCGAGGGCAAGAUCAAGGAGCCCAACCUUGCGGCCGAGGCCGGCCAGGGCGUGCUCUCCGCCGUCACCUCGUACGCCAAAGGCGACAUGGGGGGCGUGUUCAAGAGUGCUGUGGGCCUGUUCAAGACGGCGUCCGGAAAUACGCAGAAGGCCCAAGAGGUGGCGCGGCAGACGAAGACAAGUCCAGCGGAUGUGAUCUCAUGGAGCGGUUGCAAGGAUAGCCAGACCUCUGCCGACGCCUACGAGGCCGGUCAGGCGACGGGUGCGAUGAGCUACGCGUUCAUGACCGCGCUCGGUCAGAACAAGCAGCAGACGUACCAGCAACUGCUGGUGGAGAUUCGCGGGAUCUUGAAGGCGAAGUACAGCCAGAAGCCGCAGCUUUCGGCGUCGCACCCGAUAGAUACGAGCAUCAUGUUCAUCUGUUGAGUGUGCGGACUUUGUGCGGCUAUACGUAUCAUAGCGUGUACUCAUUGUACCUGGACGCCCCUGUACAAUCACCUUGUAAAACGGAUUGUCUGUCAGAUGUACGACUACCGGUGUAGUUCGCAAGAAGCUUGCAAACCCAGUUGGCGUGUUGGACGGUCGA